CCGCCACUAGGAGGCGCCCGGCCACUCGCAAGGUGGGGCCGCGGGGGUGGUGCGCCUGGAUAUGACGUCACGUCGCGCGCCGCAGCCUGUUGCUGAGCAGCAAUGGCAGCUCCUUUGGAGUCCUCCGUAGAGGACCCACUGCGGAACUUUGUGCGAGUUUUGGAGAAGAGGGAUGGCACGGUGUUACGACUGCAGCAGUAUGGCUCCGGCGGCGUGGGUUGCGUAGUUUGGGACGCUGCCAUUGUCCUUUCUAAAUAUCUGGAAACGCCAGGGUUUUCCGGCGAUGGGGCCCAUGUGCUGAGCCAGCGGUCAGUGCUGGAGCUGGGCUCCGGCACCGGGGCCGUGGGGCUCAUGGCGGCUACCCUCGGGGCAGAUGUUAUAGUCACCGAUCUUGAUGAAUUGCAAGACUUGCUGAAGAUGAAUAUUAAUAUGAACAAGCACCUUGUCACUGGUUCCGUUCAAGCCAAGGUACUGAAAUGGGGGGAAGAAAUAGAAGACUUUUCUUCUCCGCCAGACUACAUACUGAUGGCCGACUGCAUAUACUACGAAGAGUCUUUGGAGCCGUUGUUGAAAACCCUAAAAGAUCUUUGUGGAUCUGAGACUUGUAUUAUAUGUUGUUAUGAACAAAGAACAAUGGGAAAAAAUCCAGAAAUCGAGAAAAAAUAUUUUGAGCUCCUUCAACUAGACUUUGACUUUGAAAAAAUUCCUUUGGAAAAACAUGAUGAAGAAUAUCGAAGUGAAGAUAUUCAUAUUUUAUACAUCAGAAAGAAAAAAUCGAAAUUCCCAUCGUGAAAUCUUUAGUCAUCUUACCCAAGCCUCUAACAACUUGGGUAAGCUAAAGAUAUGAAUGGAGCAUGUGAAUAUAUCAUGGGAAGAUUGUGCUCACAGAUUUUUCCAGCAUGUACUUACAGAUCUGAUAUAGAUGACAACCAUCAUGGGAUGCCUGCAACACGAGAAAUGACUGCCUGCCUGCCUGCCAGUGGGCCUGAAAUCCAGCUUAGUUUACUUUUAGCUCAACAUCAAGUUCUGCUUAAAAGAAACAUUGUAUUUGUCACUCCUCAAAUAAAAAUAGGUAUUGAGAUUAGCCUAAAGACGGCCAAAAAUAAUUCAAACCAGUAAAUUUUAGUUUGUUCAAGAAAGGUAAAUUUAAAAGGUUUUUAUUUUAACAUAAUUAUGCGGUGGUUUUUAUCAUAUGUAGCUUCAUUGCUUUUAAGAUAGCUUUAAUACUUAAUGUUCUUACAUGUUUAAAAAAAAUGUUACAUUGGCCAAAGUUUUAUUCUUUUCCCCCACCAUACGUGUCUAUGUGAGUUAGAUAGUAAAUUAUACUGUAGUGAGUUAGUAAGAAUGAAAGUUAAGAAAUCAGAAGAUUGGGAGGGGGGGAAAGCCAUCUUUACAAAAAUCUUCAUUGGAUAAUGAAGUGAGACUUAAAAGCCCAUUUUCAGGCUCAUGCACUUACGUGGCUGAUGCACUUUUCCUCAUUUCUAUCUUCCAGGAAAAUGUGGCUGAAAUCACUGGUGUUAACUUGUUUACAUGAAACAAAAAUUUUUAAAUAACUACAAAUGUAGUCCCAUAUACAUUUAGCAAAUGAUUUUAAUUCUGUGUAGUCUCUGUUUUGUUACCAUGAUAAUCAUCUGAUCACAGACUGAUCUGUCAAGAGCUUAAGUCUCACCAGUUCCAAACAGUAAUAGUAACUGAUAGAAUUGUGGUACUUACAGGCAUUGGUGCUAGGUGGCACAUUUUAUGUGUUAAAAUAAACAUUGUUUUUGAGA